UUUCAUCGCAUUCAGGCUUCUGCUAGCUACUACACAUACUUUCUAUUUGCAUUCAUUUAACUUUCUUUCUCUACAGUUCAAGGCUAGAUCGUAUGAUGGGUAUACGUCUGCCGUUUAUGAUUCUUCACGCGAAACAGAUAUUUAAGUCAACGUCACACCCACAGGCACAGCAUCUCCAUAGUGGAAACCAGUCCAAUGUUCCAAAGGGCCACAUAGCAGUCUACGUUGGAGAGCUGCAAAAGAAGCGGUUUGUGGUUCCAAUAUCAUACUUGAACCAUCCUUCGUUUCUUAACUUGCUAAACCGAGCCGAAGAAGAGUUUGGCUUCAAUCAUCCCAUGGGGGGUCUUACAAUUCCUUGCGAAGAAGAUGCCUUCAUCAAUCUUACCUCUCAACUCCGUGCGUGCCUUGUGAAAGAUUAACAUCCUACACAUAUCAUGUCUAUUAGACUAUUAUAAGUCUUUUCGACAAAUAUAACAUGUUGUAUU